UUUUUUUCUCCUUUUCUUUUCCAUAUACAUUUUUCCGUUUCAUAGUAAUAAAGAACAUAACGAUGGCUAAAAACUUAUUUCUACCGUUUGGGAAAAGACAGCAAUAUGAAUGUCCAGAAUGUCCAGUAUGCUUUAAUUGCCAACUACCCACGGACAAUUGUGUUAAUGGAGGAACAUGUGAUCCAAGCGGUGCUUGUCUUUGUCCAGCAGGAUGGGGUGAUUUGGAUUGCUCAAAGCCAUUAUGUGGAUCCCUUUAUGAUAAAGACAGACCACAAAGGAAAGAAAAUGAAGAUUGUGCUUGCGAUCCGGGGUGGGGUGGAGUUAAUUGUAAUGUAUGUCAAGAAGAUAAAGCUUGUCAGUCUUUUAAAGGCGAUAAUGCAACAUGUAUUAAAACUGCAAUUGGUUUAAAAUCGAUGCAUGCAUGGUGUGACACUACAAAUAUACCAUGGAUAGAUAAUACGCAUGUAUCACUUAUGUGCGAAUGGGAGAAAAGUCAGUGUUUAUUUCAAUUUUGGAAAGAUAAUGAAGAACAGUUUUAUUGUGAAUUAAGCGAAUGUACUCAGACAACUUCAGGAGAUAAUGAUGUGCAGGGGCACUGUGCUAAAGCAAGUUGCGGCUGUAUGAAAGGUGCCUUUAUGUGUGGUAAAGAAGUAGAUAUGUCAAAUUUGGUUAAAAAUGUAAAAGGACCUUCUGAAUGGUUUUGUAAAAAUGGAAAGGAUUGUUGGUAUAAUGAAUAUUCGACAUUAGUCACAGUCUUUCCUGAUAAUAUACAACUUUCUUGUGAUGUUGGUGAAUGCGCAAAUGAACAAGAUUUUCUCGAUGUUGCACCUAUUGAACAAGAAUUUUCAAGUUAUACCGAAAUGAUGAUUAUUGGUGCUUUAUUUAUUGCAUCUAUUUUAUUAUUUAUCAUUACAAGAUUCACAGCUUCAAGACAAAAGAAGCUAUUUGGUACACCUAUCGAAUUAUUAAAUGAAGAAGAUGAUAGCAUGACGGAUCUACUAACGGAUUCAACUGAGGUUACAUUAACUUUUUCAGAUAUUAGCUAUACAGUGUCAAAUAAGAUUAUAUUAUCGGAUAUAAGUGGUUAUGUAGAGCCUGGACAGAUGUUGGCUGUCAUGGGCCCCUCAGGUGCUGGUAAAUCAAGUCUUCUAGAUAUUUUAUCUAAAAAGCAUAAACAUGGUAUAACGGUCGGGAAGAUCUUGAUCAAUGGUGUAUUUCCUACACGUCGACAAUUUAAACGUUUAACAGGAUUUGUGGAUCAGGAUGACAGCUUGAUGGGUACACUUACAGUACGAGAAACAUUGACCUAUGCUGCAUUGAUGCGACUGCCGCGUGAAAUGCCUUUAAGAACAAAACAAAAACGAGUAGAAGAGGUGAUACAAGAAUUAGGUUUAACAAAGAUUGCUGAUAAUAAAAUUGGUAUACCUGGACAACGUGGUAUUAGUGGAGGAGAAAAGAGAAGAGUAAGCAUUGGCAAAGAAUUGGUGACUAGUCCAAGUUUAUUAUUUUUAGAUGAACCAACUAGUGGUUUAGACGCUUAUAAUGCUGGGGUUGUUAUGGAAUGUCUUCGAAAAUUAGCACACGAAGGUAAAAGAACCAUUGUUGUUACUAUACAUCAGCCAAGAUCUAAUAUUUUCAAAAUGUUUGAUUCUUUAAUGCUUCUAACAAACGGACAAUUGGUCUAUUUUGGCCCAGCAAAAUCAUGCUCAACCUAUUUUAAAGAACUUGGUUUUCCCAUUCCUCCAGAUUAUAAUAUUGCAGAUUAUCUAAUCGAUCUUACAAUGAAAAAGCCUGAAGAUUCAAUGCCUAAUAUACCCAUACCAUCAAGUCAUAGUCAAACAAAUGUUAUUGCUCAACCUUUAGAAGAUGUACAACAGACAACUUAUGUUGAUAAUAGAGAAGAGACAGAAUUUAAUUUGCUAUCAGAAUCCAAUCAUAUACAUUAUUUAAUAGAGUCUUUUCGUUCAUCAGAUCUUUAUAAAAUAAUUGAAAAUAAGGUCGGCUUAUCUGAAACUUCAGAUAAUUAUGAUGGUUAUUCAGUUUGGGCUAAUGCACUUGGUAGUCAUGAACAUCAAACCCUGAAUACCUUUUCUAUAUAUCAGUUUUAUCAUGAACUGUCAUUACUAUCGUCACGUACGUUUAUUAAUCUUUAUCGAAAUCCAUUUCUAUUUUUUACACAUUUCGUAUUUUCUAUUGUCUUGGCUAUUUUACUGGGAACUCUAUUUUGGCAAGUGGAUGUAGAUCUUUCAGGUGUACAAAAUAGACUAGGAGUUUUAUUCUUUAUGUGUGCCCUUUUAGGGUUUGCAGCUACAAGUGCAUUAGACAUAUUUAACAAAGAAAGGCUAUUAUUUAUGCGAGAAAGAGAAAAUGGCUAUUAUAGUCCAAGUGCCUAUUUUGUGGCAAAAGUUUUACUUGAUAUAGUAUCCCUUCGUGUGUUUCCACCUUUAGUUAUGGGCUCAAUUAGCUAUUAUAUGAUCGGACUAAACCCAGCCUUCAUUGUUUUUAGUAAAUUUUUAGUUGUUCUAGUAUUAUUCAAUUUAACUGCAGCUGGUUUAUGUUUAUGUUUCGCAACCGCUUUUAAAAAUUUAUCAGUUGCUAAUUUGCUUGCUAAUUUAACAAUUUUAUUCUCCAUGCUUUUUGGAGGAUUUUUAUUAAAUAAAGAUCAUAUUCCGCCAGUGUUAAGUUGGUUACAAUAUCUUAGUUUUUUUAAUUAUGGAUAUGAAGCGCUUAUCGUAAAUGAACUUAAGGAUAUCACUUUACGUGAUAAGUCUAUUGCCGAUAUUCAAAUUCCAGGACCCAUUAUACUUGCUAGAUUUGGAUUUAAUGGACAAGCAUUUUGGACAGACAUUAGUCGUUUAAUAUGGUUUAUUCUUUUUACAUUAAUUUUAUCAUUUUUGUUUUUAAAGUAUUUAGUAAAAGAAAGACGUUGAAAAGAAAAUAUUUAUUAACAGUCAUAAUAAAAGGAAAAUUUUUCUAUUUUUUUUU